CCUCAAAUAUUUCGCGCGCUUUACAAGCUAUAUAAAGGAGAGAGGACACGUUCUUUGCGUAGCGUUCCUAGGACUGAAUCGGACAGCAGACGACAUCAGCAUAAAACAGAAGAUGAAGAUUUUGUUAGCAGUUUUGUUGUUGGGUGUGGCUUGUCAAGGGAAGAAUAGUAAGCCACGACUUGUGGACGUACUUAGGCAGCAUAUGGACAAGAAACAAAUGAACAACGUAGUUCCUACCCAAUAUUCUCAUACUAACUGGUAUGAGCCGACUACCGAACCACCACAAUCCCACUACCCGAUGGAGGACGAGCUUAUGCGUAUCCACGAAGCGUUUGUGUUCCCCGGAAGUCACUACCUUACUAAUUUGGUUGAAAAAUACGUUGAAUAUGGAAUGGACGAAGAAAUGGAGAUGGAGGAUAUUAAAGAUUAUUUUGAACUUCCGGAGUGCGAUAUGAAGGACAUCAGGAAAAAGGCGUUAAAAGUUUCGAAAGUGAUGGACGACCCGGAGUCUAUGGCCUGGUACGUUACAAGAAUGAUGAUCAAACCCAUUCUAAAGGAGAGGAUGAAAUGCCCGGCUUCCAUUCUUGACAUGGGAAUCGCAAAAGUAUUGAUGAGAUCAAAAGAUCAAUUUUUUGCAAAGGUGGACGAAUCCUGGUACAACAUGUUCAGGGACAUGAUUCCACUUCUUGAUCCCAUGUUGGAGCCGUACGCAGACGACAUUAUCGAAAAGGGCGUACAUGAAAUGCAUGGAUACGUUUUCAAUGACACACUAGAGAUGCUGUUUGGCUUUGGAUUACGAGAUGUUGCUUUUGCAUCGCACCGAUUGUACGAAAACCUCGUGCACUUCUAUAGUAUGCCCGAUAUGUAUUCCGACACGUACCCCGGGAUGUAUCCACAAGACCGGGACUAUAUGCUAAUGGACUCCGUAUAUAGCUCUUUGUGGGAAGUUAUGUGCCCGUAUUCCCAUGACGUAAUGGAAAACCACAGGAGAAUAUUCUUAAGAUUCAAAGAUGAAUUUGAGAUCUUUGAACGAGAACGCGUUUGCAUGGCAGUGACGGACUUCCUGUACAGGUACGUCAACAGGACUUUACCGGGACACGUGAUCGACUUUGAGAACACAGUUGGAUUGUCGUUUGUAUGUGACGAGAUCAAAGGCGUAAUAAGUGAGGUUGUAAAGGGCUACAGAGACUACGAGAAUUCCAUAUACUCGAUGAACAUCAGGGAGUUGGAGGAAGUGCUGAAAGAAUAUUUAUCUCCUGAAGAAUGGAAACUGCUCGAAGAAGCACUAAGAAGAAUGGGUUUUGUAGACAUGCCUUUUACAGGGCAAAUCUCCCGCAUAUCUUCGAGGAUGACCAAACAUAAAAGAUAGAAAUAUAUUUCGUUUACUUAUGAUUGUUUUGAAUUAUGUUACCUGGUUAAUUGUGAAUGUUAGAGAUUAGAGCAAUAAAUUAAUAAUAAACCAA